AUUUGAAGUCAGAUAAAUUAAGAUCUCACAGCGAGUGUGAAAUUGCAGUGAAAGAAAUCUUUAAUAAAAAUCUUAAAAUAUCAAGCGAAGUGGUUAUUGAAAGAGCCCAUCGAAUUGGCCCAAUUAAUAAUAAAAAACCUAGAACAAUAGUAUUAAAACUGUUAAAUUUCCAGGAUAAAAACAAAAUCCUAAAUGCUGUAAAAAAUCUUAAAGGAACUGGUGUGUAUAUUAACGAGGACUUUUCGCGAGAAACGAUUGAACAACGAAGGAAACUUUGGGAAGAGGUGAAACGACUUCGAAGUGAAGCAUAAUGAAUAACGAAACAAUAGAUUUUGAAACGCUGCACUUUAAUGUCUUCGAAACGGCAAAUAAUGUUAUACUCAACGAUUUGAAUGACGCAGAUGCGCAGAUUUUUCGCGGAAUAAAUUUUGGUUCUCAAUAUUUUGAAACAGAAACUUUUAAAACUGAACUUACAACUUUAAGGAAUAAGUUCACUGCAUUACACAUAAAUAUAAGAAGCAUAAAUAACAACAUUGAUAAGCUUAAGCAAUUUCUAACCGAAUGCAAUUAUUUAUUCAGUAUGAUUUGUUUAACCGAGACAUGGUGUUCUGACGAAUCGUCUAGAAUAAAUUCAAACUUAGAAAUUCCUAAUUACAAAUUAAUAUCUUCUGAAAGAAAAACUAACGAAAGGGGAGGGGGAAUUAUUAACUAUAUUCGAACUGAUCAAGCCACCAAAUAUAGACAUGACCUUUCUACCUCAGAUGCCGAUAGUGAGGUCUUUACAAUUGAGAUAACAACAAAUAACAAAUCAAAAAACAUUUUAGUCUCCACAUGUUAUAGACCACCUGAUGGUGAUAUAACAAAAUUUUCUAAUCAUUUAAAACAAAUUUUUUAUAAAAAUAACAAUGAACAAAAAAAACUAUUUUGUAUUGGAGACAUUAACAUUGAUUGCUUACAAUACGAUAAACAUGCUAAAACUAAAUUUUUUUUUGACGAAAUGCUCCAACAUUACAUCUUCCCAAUUAUUAAUAAGCCGACUCGGGUAACUCAAUCAUCAGUAACGUCAAUAGACAAUAUAUUAACAAAUACAGUUCUUGAUGUUACUUUAAAAGCAGGUAUCAUAAAAACAGAUAUUUCGGAUCAUUUUCCGAUUUUCUUUUCUCUGUCACACGAUACAAAAACUACUAACGACUGUAAAAUUGAAAUUCAUAAAAGGAAAAUUAACAAAUAUGCUAUUCAACAAUUUAAAGAAUCACUAUCGGCAUUAAACUGGGAUAAAGUAUACCAAGAAUGUAACCUUGGACGCACCAACUCUGCUUACACUAAAUUUGAAAACAUUUUCUUAAAAAACUAUAAUAAAUAUUUCCCAAUAAAAGUAAUGCUAGUAAAAGAAAAACAUCUAAAAUGCCCUAACCUGGCUACAAAAAUUAAUUGUCCAAACAACUCAUUUGAGAAAUACUUAACUAAUAACAAUGACGAAUUAGCACUUAGCGAACUAAAAAUUAAAGAACUUGAAGUUGCGAUAAAAUCUCUUAAAAUAAAUAAAUCUCCAGUCUAUAGCAGCAAUACCAUUGGUAAACGUGUAGAAUUAUGUGCAUACCAAACUUAG